CGUACACGAGAAAACACGAGAGUACGCCAAAAGCAUCGUCGAUUUGCCCAUUUGAUGUGUUCUUUGUUUUAAAGUUGAAGUUCUUGUUGCUGUUUAGGGUUUAGAUAGCGACUUUUCUAUUGAAAGGGAUCGUCGGAAGUAUGGGGAAGAAGCACAAGAAGCAUCACAAGUCUGAUAGAGGCGAGCGACCGAUCGUAGAAGAAAAGCCGGGCCUGAAGCUUGUUCUGAAGGUGAGCGGUGGAGAUGGGCAGCAGGUGAGUUACGGGAAGUCUCCCCCAGUGGCUCCCAGCUUCUACGAACCCGACCCCGAACACCACAAGAAGAAGAAGAAAAACAAGAAGAAAAAGAAGAAGAAGAAGCACAGCCAUGAGAAAGAGAGGCCUGUGGAGGAAUUCAGCCUAACAAAGUCAAAAGAAAAGGAGAAACAUAAGAAGAGAAGCAGGGACCAGUUUGACAGCAGUCUGGAUGUGGAGGCUCCUGCUGCCAAACAGCCUGCCCUGAGUGUGCCGGGCCUGGGGGACAAGCCAGUCACACCUAACAGAGGGGUCAGGACAUGUCGCAUGAAGGAGAGAGAAGACCAUGACAAUACGCCACUCCGACAAUGUCUUGAGAAUCUACACAGACAGCUUCAAAGGAAAGACGUGAAUCAGUUCUUUGCGUGGCCGGUGACAGAUGCCAUUGCUCCAGGCUACUCCCAGAUCAUCUUGCGACCCAUGGACUUCAGCACCAUGAAGGAGAAACUGGUCAACGACGAGUACUCAUCAAUAGAGGAGUUCAGAAAUGAUUUCAAAGUGAUGUGUGACAAUGCCAUGAUCUACAACCAUCCCGAGACCAUCUACUACAAGGCUGCCAAGAAACUGCUGAACAUCGGGGUGAAGAUGAUGAGCAAGGAUAAGAUAGCGUCCAUGUACAGAAGUAUCGGCUACAUGUCCAUGAUAGAUCAGGAUACUACAGGGGAGGAGUCAGGGAUGAUUGACGUGGACACGGUGGAUUCAGGGGAACUCACCUUCCUCACUCCGCAGACCAAGAAGUCCAAGUCCAAGAAGUCCAGUAAAAAGGCGGUGGUUGCGGCUGCACUCGGCCCGGAGCUGGAGGACGGGAUGACACCUGAGGAGAUAGCCGCUCAGGUGAAGGAGGCAGCCAAGGACGUGCACAAGAAACUCACCCGCAGGUGUCCUAACAGCAAGAUUGGAUUCCUGAGAAGAGAUGAGGAAGGCAACACCACCCUCGCUGUGGUCAACCCCGACUCUGCAACAGAACCUGGAGAUGAGGUCCACACAGUGAACCUGGGCAUGUUGGUGGGGAAACUCAGCACUGGUACCAGCUCACUGCCUGGAUUCAGGGAGGACAAGAGGAACAAGGUCACUCCAGUGUCAUACUUGAUGUAUGGACCGUUUGGAACCCACGCCCCUCAGUAUGACUCCACGUUCGCUAACCUGAGUAAGGAAGAGUCUGAUCUUCUGCUGUCAACUUACGGAGAUGAAGCCGGGGUGCAGUACGCACAGAGCAUACUGUCCUUUGUGAAGGAUGCAGGUGCAGAUGCUGUACACGUGGUGGACCAUCUUCUGGACUCUCUCACAGGAGGCGAGCACUCCAAGGCCAUGAAACAACUCCUGGAGAAAGACAAAGCGGAAAAGGAGAAAAAAGCAGUAACAGAACAGAAAACAGACGUUUCUACAUCAGAGCAGACAGCCAGUAGGUCGGAACAGCAGACAGCACAGGACAGCUCGGAACAGCACAGAGAACAGGGAGAAGUCAAGAAGGAAACAAACAACGAAGAGACCAAGAGUUGCCAACAGAAUGAGAGCAGUAUAACAAGUGGUGGCGAGGACUUCAAUGUGUCAGACAUUGACUUUGAUGGCCUAAAGUCACUGUCUGUCGAGGGAAUCGAUAUGUCGUUUCUUGACGGACUCGAGAGUGAACUCAAAAGGGAGCCAGACUCCAGUGCUGUACAACAACGCCUGGAUGAGAACAUGGCCCUGAUUGCUGACCUACAGAGGACUCAGCACGAGAGACUGAGCGCCAAACCUCCAUCUAACCUCAGCUUUGUGCCCGGACCAACUCAGAAAGAACUUCAGAUAGCACAAAAACUGACCCAGGGACUAAGAGAGCUUACUUCAAAGGUUUCCCCAGCCGACGUCACGAAGGUCGCCGACAUCCGCAAGGCCAUGGGCAUCACCACCCUGCCUGUUACCAUGGAAACCACACCCACUGACCAACCAGGUUCAACGCCUGCAACCUCUGACCCCGCCCCCAGCACCCAGUCAGCCAAUGAGAGCGAAGCAGAGGACAAGAUUGACAAGGAGUUGAGGGAGUUUUUAGAAUCACCGAGUGGUCAGCAGAAUGAGGGGGAGAGGGAGGAUGGUCAAACUAUGGACAUCUCUACGUGACCAAAUAUAUUAGAUUUCAAAUGCUGAUGCGGAUAUUCACCAGUUUCCCAUCCCCAGAAUGCAACGCGAAAACAGGGGGUCUAACCCUGUACAUAGGACAGGAAGAAUGAAUUUUUUCGAAUGAGUUGUUUGUAACGUUAUAGUGAUAUAUAUGAUGAUGUAACGUUACAAACCACAUGUUCUAUGUUGAAAAGAACACAAAGACUUCA